UUGAAUCUUAUUGCCAAUUGUCCCGAAUGUGUACGGAGACAUGAUCACGUUCACGACACGGUAUUGCCAAAAUAUGGAGAAAUGGAAUGAACGGGAACUGAUCUAAAAUAAAGGUCACAAAAUGGGUCCAGAAAAUGUGCAUAUUCUAUAAAAAUCAAUACGAAAAACAUACCUCUUCUAGAUAAAAGCGAGCGGUUUUUGUGAACAGAAUGCGAUCCCCCGUUUGGAUUUGUUUGUGGUUGGCUCAAGCUACGCUUUUAGCUUUAAAUAAAAAUGAUAAACAGUUACCGCAGACAACUACAGUUGCGAAGGCAUAUGUUGACAUUGAAUGUUUGGCAGAAGAGGACAGUUAUAUCUAUACGUUUGUCAAAAUAGACACAACUGAAAGCAGAAUUAUCGCGGAAUGUGAACCGGAUGUUAAGUCUUGCUAUUUGGUGCAGCCAUCAAAAGAUAAUUUAACAUAUACAGUACGAAAAACAUAUCUGGGUUGGAGUUUGCGAGUACACAAAAUUAGUGAAGAUGUUUACGGGACUUACCAGUGCAUUACUAGCGGGAACGUUCCUCCGCAGUCAUUGGGUUCAACAACAACUGCUUCACAGUCAACAGGUGAAACAACAACGUUAAGACCAAAUGAUGUUAUUUUGCAAGAAAGUAGAGAUCAUGGCGACAAUAACUACCCUUUUCUCGUCGCCUUGCUGUUUAUAAGCGGAUAUAUAGCCAUAGUAGUGUCGUUUCCAUACGCAAAAGAUCAUUUUAAGAAAAUACGAGGCAAAGAACAGACAAGGCCCACAGAAGAACGUCCGCUCCUAAGGGAACGACAGACAAGGUCCACAGAAGAACGUCCGGUCCUAAGGGAACGACAGACAGAUAUCCAUUCGGACGCUGACAUUACAACAUUACAUGAGGAUGCGUUUGAUAUGAAUAAUCUGAGUUAUCAUCGAGAUGCUAAUCAGGCGGAAACAUUGAUUGUGGUAUCGGGCGAGUCCAUUGUUACGCCUCCCAUAGUUCCCAUAGUUCCCAGAGCUACGAGUGCAACAGUUCAAAUCGAACACAACUUGUUUAAUGAAGGAUAUUUUAACCUGGAGUUGGCCUUCUGAAUGACGGAACGAACCAUGGUUUCAAAGGACAAAGUUUGAUCCAAUGUAGCCCCUAGGUAUUUGACUGAAGAUGUAGAUUCAAUAAUGGUAAUAUUACUAGAAAUAUCGAGAGAAGUGCUUGACCUGAUUCUAUGCCAAGAACCAAAAAGAAAAGACUCCUUACCUAAAUGCAGAGACAACUUAUUGUCAACCAACCACUGACUAAUCAGAUGUAAAUCCUCUUUCAAUAACCUUUCAAUAUCAGUUAUACACUUACCAGACACAAGAAUACCCGAGUCAUCUGCAUAUAGGCUGAGCUUACUUUUAACCACAGCAGACAUAUCAUUAACAUAGAUAAGGAAGAGCAGGGGACCUAGAAUUGACCCUUGUGGAACUCCACAUGAUAUUGGGGCUGUACCGGAAUGAGUGCCUGACACAUCAACAACUUGCUGUCUAUCUGAAAGGUAUGAUUUGAACCACCUUAAGAUAUCACCAAGACCUGCUGCACUUAAUUUCAUGAGAAGUAUAGAGUGAUUAACAUUGUCGAAGGCCUUUUGGAGGUUUAGAAGAAUCAUCCCUACGAGAUUACCUUUAUCCAUUUCCAACCUGAUAUAAUCAGUCAGAUGAAUGAGGCAGGUGUCCGUUGAAAAACCACUUCUGAAACCAGACUGAAAUUUAUACAACAAAUAGUUAACCUUGAAGUAUGACUCAACCUGGUCAUAUACAACCUUUUCAUAUAUUUUAGAUAUAAUACUCAAAAUAGAGACUGGACGGUAAUUACCAACAGAGGCUUUAUCACUUUUCUUAAAAAUAGGAACAACCCUAGCAGACUUGAGAUCAUCUGGAACAACACCCUGUGUAAGAGAUAGAUUAAUAACAUGAGUAAGAGGUUGAGAAAUAAUCGAAGCCCCAUCUUUCACAAAACGUGAGGGCAUACCGUCUAAACCUGUUGCUUUAUUAGAACUAACCUGGUUUAAAUAUUUGAACACUUGGUUCUCAGAAACUAAAGAAACAGAAAAACUGUUAACAGUUUUUACACCAAAGCUAGCAUAAAAAUUAAUGACACAUGAUUUUCCAAACUUAAGAACACUAGUUGGUAAUUUAUCAACAAGCUUUGAGGCAACUGUAAUGUAAAUAUGGUUAAAAGAAUCUGCAAUAAUUUCCUUAUCAAAACAUAUAUUUCCAUCAAUGUUAAGACAAAUAUUAGAAGAGGAAGAUAAUCCUUUCUUAGAUGGUAAACCAAAAUUCUUAAUAAUAGACCAGAGUGACUUUGAGUCAUUUUUGUUAGCUUCAAGAGACUAUGUAAAGAAGUUUCUUUCGCUGUAUCAAUUAAGCAUUUUCACUUAUUGCUUAAUAAUUUGUAAAACUAGUCUUUUUAUAGUUAAUGCUUCAUUCUUAAGUAAGCACGUUAACUAAAACUUAGAAUAAUUCUAUUCCAGUGAACCCAUUAUUAUUAUUAUUAUUAUUAUUAUUAUGAAACAUAGAAUUCUUACAUAAAUUUUGAAAACCAGAGUUAAAGAUUAUUAAGUCUUAUAUUUAGGGCAAUUUUAUCUUGCACAAGCACAUGAGCUUGUGUCUUGUUCAUAUAUUGUGUUUUAUAUUUGAUCUGUUUGUAUGCUUUUUAGCUCACCUGAGCACAAUGUGCUCAUGUUGAGCUUUUGUGAUCGCCUUUUGUCCGACGUCCGUCGUGCGGCGUCAACAUUAGCCUUGUUAACACUCUAGAGGCCACAUUUAUUGUCCAAUCUUCAUGAAAUUUGGUCAGAAGAAUGGUCUCAAUGAUAUCUUGGAUGAGUUCGAAAAAUGUUACGUUUGCUUGAAAAACAUGGCUGCCAAGGGGCGGGGCAUUUUUCCUUAUAUGGCUAUAGUAAAACCUUGUUAACACUCUAGAGGCCACAUUUAUUGUCCAAUCUUCAUGAAACUUGGUAAGAAGAUUCAUCCAAAUAAUAUGUUGGACGAGUUUGAGAAUGAUGCCAGUUAGUUGAAAAACAUGGCUGCCAGGGGGCGGGGCAUUUUUCCUUAAAUGGCUAUAGUAAAACCUUGUUAACACUCUAAGAGGCCACAUUUAUUGUCCGAUCUUCAUGAAACUUGUUCAGAAGAUUUGUCCCAAUGAUAUCUUGGAUGAGUUUGAAAAUGAUUCCUGUUGGUUGAAAAACAUGGCCGCCAAAAGGGGCGGGGCAUUUUAUCUUAUAUAGAUAUUAUAGUAAAACCUUGUUAACACUCUAGAGGCCACAUUUAUUGUCCGAUCAUCAUGAAACCUGGUCAGAAGAUUUAUCCCAAUGAUAUCUUGGACAUGAAUGAAAAUGGCAUUUUUCCUUAUAUAGCUAUAUAUGGCUUUUGUAAAACCUUGCUAACACUCUAGAGGCCUCAUUUAUUGUUCGAUCUUCAUGAAACUUUGUCAGAAGAUUCAUCCUAAUUAUAUAUUGGACGAGUGUGAACAUGGUUUGGGUUGGUUGAAAAAACAUGGCCACCAGGGGGCGGGGCAUUUUUCCUUUUAUGGCUAUAAUAAAACAUUAUUUACACUCUAUUUAAUUAUUCUCAAAGUUUAAUGUAGUAAUAUUUAUUUCGCAGAAAAUUACUUAAGGGAGAAAAAACUGUUCAUAGCUUGAAUUGUUUAUUUCAUCUUUUCAAUAUAAAUGCUCAAUAUGCUAGUUCGUAUUUAUGUUUGCAUUGUAUUUGGCAAUCAGUUUUCUCAUGUAAUGUGUUCAUGUUGAAUGACUGUUAUUAAUAAGUUUAACAAUAACAUUACAUAAGGAAAUAAAAUUGAUACUGAUAAAAUUUUCCCGGUAAAAUUGCGCAGGAGCUGGUGAUUAUGUUUUUAAAAGUUUCAAUUUUAUCAUGUACUUAUCUGAACUGAGAUUAUGCAAACAGAGUUUGAAUGAAUAACACACGCUCGAUGAUAUUCCAAAUUCUAUGAUUGGCAAGACAAAUUAAUAUUUCAAAUUUUGAGUCUUAAAAAUAGAAUGUUCUUUUUAAUGAAGAUCUCCUCAAUACCAAAGUAUAAUUUAAAUAAAAUAGCUUUGAAUAUUUAAUUAAAUAUUGUACAAUCCAUAUAAGCAACUGGUCAUAUGCGUGAUGUCUUUAAAUAUGCAUUGAAUACAAACCUGAACAUGAUAUGUAUUGGGAUGAUCGAAGAGUUUUAAAGAUAUAAAAUAAUGAACUAUGUUUAAACAAUGUCUUUUGUAUUACUGCACAUUUCUUUUAAUAGUAUUUGCAAUGCAUGUGUAAUCACAAAUUUAUGUAUAUUUUCAAAUCAUGACAUACAUUCUACCGAUAAUGCUUGAUUUUUUAUAUGUGAGAAACAAUUAAGUCUUCUUUUUAAGAUUCUAAUGCAAUCUUUUAUUUCACUUUAUUUGUGUUUAUUUUGUAUUACUGAAUAAACAUGACAUUGAC